AAUAUACGUACACUAGUUUCGAAAAUGGCGGAGCUCAAGGAAAAGGACACUGAGCAGCUUCACCAGGAGGACGCCAAUAUAAAGGACACUGGUACUGAUGAAAGUGAGCAGGUGUCCACUCCUGAUACCUCCACUAAACCAGUGGAAACAGAGGCCAACAAUGGACAAACAUCCUCCACUGUUACGUCAGAGAGACACGUGUCUAUCCAAACCACUCUGGAGGGCCUCGAAAAGCUUGUGGAUUUAAAUGGAGCUGGAAGGAAGUCUUGUCCACUGUGUCCUGAAGAAAAGUUUAAGGCCUGUUAUAGUCAUAAACUUAGACGACACCUGCAAAACCUGCACUGGAAAGUUUAUGUGGAAUUUGAGGGCCAAAGAAUGUGCAUCUGUCAUCUGCCUUGCAGACAACUCAAGUCCGGUCUUGGUGCUGACCAGACUCAAGGCAGACUGGUGGCUCACUACCACUGUGUGGUUUGUUCUGUCACGAUUGCUCGUAAGACAGACAUGAUCAGUCAUCUCAAGCGUCAUAUCAACAAGGGCGAGACGGAGGCAAGUUAUUCAGGCAACUCAGAUGUUCCCUUCGUAGAAGCCGUCCCAGGCGGACAGGCCUAUGAGAUAAUGAAAGAAUUGGGCACUAAUGUCCAGCUCAUGCCCAACCACACCACACCUCAGAAAACAGACACAUACUUCAGCCGCAAGAUGAAAACCAACAGGCAGCUGGUGUUCUGCUCUCUUGCUGUUUUAGCCGAACAAAGGAAUCCGCUCGAAUGUCUUGAUGCCUUUGGAGCCACUGGUAUCAUGGGCCUGCAGUGGGCGAAGCAUCUUCGUAACUCGGUUAAAGUUACUAUAAAUGACAUAAACGAAGCGUGCGUGAAGAUGAUUAAGGAGAACUGUCAUCUGAACCACAUCAGAGUAGAGGGUAGUCGCACGGCCUGUCAGCUAGACGGAGCAGGAGAUGUGGAGUCACCCAUUGCCUCUGUGGAGGUGGUGAAGAUGGACGCCAAUGUCAUCAUGCAUCUGAGACCAUUUGACUACAUACACCUUGACCCAUUUGGAACAUCUGUAAACUAUCUGGACGCUGCUUUUCGGAACGUUCGCAACCUGGGAAUAGUCUCUGUGACGUCUACAGACACGGGCUCGCUUUACUCCAAAUCCCUGAAUGUGACGCUCCGACAUUACGGCUGCCAGAUCGUCAGGACCGAGUAUUACAGGGAACUUGCAGCACGUAUGGUGUUGGCAGUAGUAGCCAGGUCAGCUGCUCGCUGCAACAAAGGAAUUGAAGUGCUGUUAGCUGUGGCACUCGAGCACUUUGUCCUGGUGGUGGUGCGAGUGCUCAGAGGGCCCACCCAGGCGGACGAGUCCGCAAAGAAACUGCGUCAGCUUUUGCACUGCCAGUGGUGUGAAGAAAGGGUGUUCCUCAAACCAGGAAGCAUGGUUGAAGAAAACCUGUACAGACAGCUGCCCUGCCAGUGUCAUGGGAGCAUGCCAGGGAAAACCGCAGUAGAGCUCGGGCCGCUCUGGGCUGGUCCUCUGUUUAACAGUGGUUUUCUGAGGCGGAUGUUAGUGGCAGCAGUGCAGCACAAUAUGGAGGACAUCCAGCCUCUGGUGAAGUCUCUCAUCUGUGAGGCCGACUGCACCACUCUCAAGCCUUCACCUGUCCCGGGAUAUUCUGCCCUUUCCAGCCAAGUGGAAUGUGGUGUGGUCAUAAAAACCUUACAGAGGGUUGAAAAGGCUGAUACGUCUGAUCAGUCAGGCAAAAGAAAAACUGCAGGGGAGGAUUCUGUGAAUGUACUGAAGAAAUUAAAACCAGACACAUCUCUGGAACAUCCAGCGUUCUACUACAGCAUCCAUCGGCACAGCAUCCGUGGCAUGAACAUGCCCAAGCUGAAUAAGUUCCUGCAGUAUCUCACCGAGGCCGGAUUCAGAGUCAGCCGCACACACUUUGACCCGACAGGUGUGCGAACCGACGCUACUCUGGUACAGUUUAAGGAAGUGCUUACGAAAUACAGCGUGCCUACUUACUCAUCUGCCCCUCAAAGCAGUGCUGUGAGCUCAGAUGUUACACGACGUCAGACUGUCUGA